GCAGGACAGAAGCUGCCGCUUUCCAGGCUCCUGCUGCAGUGGGUGGAUCCCUGGGAGGUGCCAAACCCCUUCCCUUCCUCUUCCCCUUCUCCCCCCGCCUUCGUGGUGAGGAGGUGCCUGAGCGUGGCAGCAUCUUCCCUUGGCUCAUUGGAGUGGGGAGGAGGGGCCGUCGCCGCCUGCGGGGAAGGAAGGGGGACACAAGAAGAAAUCCAUAUGGAGGAUGAACCUCCUCCUCAAGAAGUCAGUGCCAAGGUCUUGGAGGCAACAUUAUUGUCAGCCCUGAAGAUGCUGGAUGUUGGGAAAUGGCCAAUUUUUUCUCUCUGUUCCCAAGAGGAGCUCAAGUUAAUUCGUCAAGCUUGUGUAUUUGGCAGUGCUGGUAAUGAAGUGUUGUAUGCAACUGAAAAUGAUGAGGUUUUUGUGCUUGGCAUGAACUGCAGUGGGUGUUUGGGAACAGGAGACAUGCAGAGUACUAUUGAACCAAAGAGGUUAGAUUCCCUAUGUGGCAAAAAGAUAGCCUGUCUGAGUUAUGGAAGUGGCCCUCAUGUUGUUCUUGCUACAGAAGAAGGAGAAGUGUAUACAUGGGGUCACAAUGCUUAUAGUCAGCUGGGCAAUGGUACAACAAAUCACGGUUUCGUUCCCUGUCAAGUCUCUACUAACUUGGUGAACAAGAAAGUUAUUGAAGUUGCCUGUGGCUCUCAUCAUUCUAUGGUGUUAACAUCUGAUGGAGAGGUAUACACAUGGGGUUAUAAUAACUCAGGCCAGGUUGGAUCUGGUUCAACAGCUAAUCAACCAAUUCCUCGAAGAGUUACUAGCUGCCUACAAAAUAAAAUAGUUGUUAAUAUAGCUUGUGGACAGAUGUGUUCCAUGGCUGUGGUGGAAAAUGGAGAGGUCUAUGUCUGGGGUUACAAUGGGAAUGGCCAGCUUGGACUGGGCAGCAGUGGCAACCAGCCAACACCGUGCCGAAUCGCAGCUUUGCAAGGCAUUCGUGUGCAGCGGGUUGCCUGUGGCCAUGCACAUACAUUAGUGCUAACAGAUGAAGGUCAGAUAUAUGCCUGGGGAUCCAAUUCAUAUGGCCAGUUAGGUACUGGGAAUAAGAGUAACCAGUCUUACCCUACAACAGUUGUUGUGGAUAAGGACAGAGUUAUAGAGAUUGCAGCCUGCCACUCUGCUAACACAUCAGCUGCCAAGACCCAGAGUGGCCAGGUGUACAUGUGGGGCCAGUGCCGAGGGCAGUCCGUGACCUUCCCCCACCUCACUCACUUUGCCUGCACUGACGAUGUGUUUGCUUGCUUUGCUACCCCUGCCGUUAUGUGGCGUCUGCUGUCAGUAGAGCCUGAUGACCACCUAACAGUAGCCCAGUCACUAAAAAAGGAAUUUGACAACCCUGAAACUGCAGACCUGAAGUUUCUAGUGGAUGGAAAAUACAUUCAUGUUCAUAAAGUUCUUCUCAAGAUUAGGUGUGAACAUUUUCGCUCCACAUUGAAUAGUGAUGAUGAAAUUAUAGAAAUGAGUGAAUUUUCUUAUCCUGUUUACCGAGCCUUCCUGGAAUACCUGUAUACAGACAACAUUAGGCUCCCUCCCGAAGAUGCAAUAGGGCUACUAGAUUUGGCAACACUGUAUAGAGAAAACAGAUUGAAAAAGCUUUGCCAGCAAACGAUCAAACAAGGCAUUUGUGAAGAGAAUGCCAUUGCUCUUCUUUCUGCUGCUGUCAAAUACGAAGCUCAGGACUUGGAAGAAUUUUGCUUCAGAUUUUGCAUAAACCAUUUAACUGUUGUUACACAAACUCAAGGCUUUGCAGAAAUGGACCACGACCUCCUGAAAAACUUCAUUAGCAAAGCAAGCAGAGUGGGAGCAUUCCGAAACUGAGGUCUGACUAACACCAAGCUGAAGAGUGUGUUCUCUUCCCUCCUGGAAACACUUCUUUGGAGAACUUCUCCAUGGUCAGAAUGUGCAGUGGUUUGGAAAGAAAGUCUCAGUGUCCAUCAGCUUAAGAAAUGUGUAAAAGUCCACUAACAUGCAGGUUUUGUAAAGAAGGCUACAGCAUAGAUGUGUGGUAACUGUUCAUUGCCAACAGCCAUGAGAUUUUAACCCAAAAAUCUAAUGCAGAAAUUACUCUUUCCCACUCAAAGUCAAGCAAACAAAUCUAUCGUUAUCUGCUCUGUUUGGUUUGAUUUUUUAAUUUUUUUUUAAACAAUGUGCAUUUGGAUUUUAUGGGACAGUAACCUGUUUGCUGCUAAAACUUUCAUAGUGUACUUUUAAAAGUAAGUUAAUAUGUCAUAGUGGGCUUCUUUUUGUCUGGUUUAUCAUCCAGUGAAGAUCCAAACUUGUUUUUCUGAACAUAUGAUAAAGUAAUAUAAAUGCGUUAGCAUGAGGCUUUCUGACUGGCAGGAGGAUAUAUCUCAGUUGCUGUUUAUUUGGAGUUUAUUUAUGAGGAGCUUCAGCAGGAUAUUACAGCUUUGAGUUUCCAGCAUUUAUGUCCACUGUUUAGGCAGAAUGAAAAGAAUCUCCCUUUCCAUUACACUGAACACAGUUCUUGGCACUCUAGUGGGCCAGGAAGGGGCCAGGAAGCAUUCACUCUAUUUGUCUGGAUGUGAAUUCUCGUGCUGUGAGUUUUACUACCAAGAAAAUAAUUUAGUUGCAAACCCAAACAAAAUUUCAAGAAAAGGAGUUCUGCUUGAGGUUUAUUUAUGCCUGUCUUGCUAUCUGUCCUGAGAUAGACCUUCUUCAGAAAAACUGAGAAAAAGGUGGUUUCGAAGUGGUAACAUGGGCCUUACAAUCAAAUCCUAAGAGUGAAACUCACAGUAGUUUCCACAUGGCAAUAAAGACACCUUGUCCAAAUACAUUGUUUCAAAUUCUGUUUA